AUGUUAGAAAAGGGAAUAUAUAAAACGAAAAGUGAUAAAAACAUAGAAAAUAAAAUAUAUUUAUGUGGAUAUAUGAAAGACAUCUCGAGAAUACUAAAAAAAGAACGUAAAGAUUUUUUGUUGCUUCGAAACGUGAAGCAAGUGAAAGGCGCAAGGGUUAUUCAACAGAACAGAUAUUCCACCCUCUUAACAAACACUAAGAGGAUCGAGCUGAGUGAAGCAACGACAUUGGAAGAUGCUUUGAAAUGGCUCGAGUUGUUUUUCUCCUUCUCUUUUAGAGCAGAACCGAAACGAAACAACAAAGGAAUAAUAAACAAAACUAAACCAGUUAAUUCCCAUUUAGGACAAUCUCUUGUCCCAACUACUUAA